UCACGGUGCCGUUCUGCAGCCACAGGGUCGGCUGAGAUGGAAAGCGGCGCUGGCAGAAGCAGGAGAAUUGCCGUGGCUUUCUGGCUUACUCUUAUCAAUAACCCCAAGAAAACUGCCAUCCUCAUCUCCAUCUUCCUGGCUGGGCCCGCUGUGUAUGUGCUGCGAUAUAACAUCAGCACGCAGGAGACUCCAGCAGUGGCCAAAGUAAAAGCUGUUCGUCCAUUGACUCCAGCAGUGGCCAAAGUAACAGCUGUUCAUCAGGUGUUUCAGAAUAAAACCACCCCCACCACUCCUGUCUCAAACCGCCAACACAUCAACUGCAGCCACCAGCAGCUGUCGCCUGAGGAACGCCGCCUGCUGGACUCCAUCGCUUGGACUAAAACCCCUCAUGUGCCUGUACCCGUGUCCCUAAGCACGACCUCUGACCCCGCCCACAGCACCUUCACAAUCCUGCUGGUGAGGGCAGGAGGUCAGUGGCAUGUAGGCGAUGAGCUGGAGGCUCUGAUCCAAAUUUGUGACUUCCAGGGUCGACCAAAACAAUUUGGGGGAGAUUUCCUGGUUGCCCGGCUGCAUGACCAGACCCUCGGUGCAGGCGUGGCCGGACGAGUGGUGGACCACCUGAACGGCUACUACACCGCUGUGUUUCCAUUACUCUGGGAGGGACAAGCACAAGUUGAGGUGACGCUGGUUCACCCCAGUGAGGCCAUCACGGUGCUGCGCAGGCUGAACAUGGAGCACCCAGACCGAGUUGAGUACAAGAGUGUCUUCCGCUCCGGCUCUGUCUCUGAAACAAUGGUUUGUAACAUCUGCCUGCCUCAAAACCAGCCACUGUGCAACUACACCGACCUCCACACGGGGGAGCCGUGGUUCUGCUACAAGCCAAGAAAUCUCAACUGCGAAACCAGGAUCAGCCACUAUAAAGGACGUGUCAGUCAAAACCUCAUGGACAAGGAGGAGACGCUCUUUGAAAGUGGGGUCAACAUGAAAGUCUCCAUUCGUGCAUCAGGGCCUGACAAAGUAACUGUGCUGCCAAAGGAGCAAGGACAACCAGAGGUGAAGAGCAGCACCGUGAAGCCUGAACCUGCUGGAUAUUACUACCAGGGUGCAUGGCGAGCACUAGGGGGCGCCACAGUUCAUCAGUUCAAUGACGCCUCUGCCAUCAGCCAGUGUCUGACAGACAAGGUGGUGCACAUGUACGGCGACUCCACCAUGAGACAGUGGUUUGAACACCUCAGCAGAGUUCUGCCAGACCUCAAGGUGAUUAACUUGCACAGCAGCACGCAGUGUGGACCCUUCAUGGCCGUGGACACGGCCCGAAACAUCUUGGUGAAGUUUCACUGCCACGCCCCUCCAAUCCGUUCCUACACCGUCUCAUCCAUCAAACUCGGCUAUGUUUCCAACGAGCUGAACUGGCUGGUUGGAGGCUCCAACACUGUCGUGGUUUUCAGCAUCUGGGCUCACUUUGGCACUUAUCCCGUCGAGGUGUACAUACGGCGACUUCAGAGCAUCCGCAGGGCGGUGCAGCGGCUGCUGGACAGAGCUCCCGAGACGCUGGUGGUCAUCCGGACAGGAAACCUCAAGGCCUUGACGCUUGACGUGGCGCUGAGCAAUAGUGACUGGUACUCACUGCAGCGGGACAAGGUGCUCCGGGACAUGUUCAAAGGGCUGAAGAAUGUUCACCUGGUGGAUGCCUGGGAUAUGGUCCUAGCCCACCAUUUGCCCCAUGACCUUCACCCGCCGCCCCCCAUUAUCAAGAACAUGAUAGACGUCCUCUUGUCCUACAUAUGCCCGCCAAAAAAUGGCUAAGUGGGCCUCAUUUAUCACUUUGUAAGUUUUGUACAAAGGACUGCAGAUUUGAGUGCCAAGAAGCACUAAAAAAUUGCUCCAUGUGCAAUUUAUGAAACAGUCACACCUCCUCAAAACGACCAAUGAUCAUAUUGAUCACACUAAGUGAGAGAAUCGAUAUAUAUCUCAAAAUCAAACAUUUUCCUGGCGGUUGAAAAAUUACACACUCUCAGAUGAGACACCAAAGAUGAAACAGGUAAAUGACAAUCCUGUUGGUGAAAUGAGCAAACAUUAUAACAGGGUAUCCGCGGGGUUGUAAAAGGUAGUAAAUAAAAGGAGCCCAAAUUAAGGCCCUUAAGAGGUAGUAAAAGGUAACUAACACAAUUUUAAUUGGUAGUAAUUUUUUUCAUCAUCCCUUCAGUAUAUUAUGACUUUUCCACUGAUUUUUUUUCUUUACAGAUCAUUUAAUUAAAGAAAUAUUAAAACGAAAAAUAUGUGCGAGCAGGACACCAGGACCUGUGUCGGCGUUGAUAGCCAAUCAGUGAUCCUGACUGCAUUUGCCACCCUGUAGCGUGUACGCGAUUGGUUCACCUGCCGCAUGUUGCGCUCAUGCAGGGUCUCAAACGUUAGUGUGAGCAAGCCACUUGCCGAGAUGGGAAAAUGUAAGUUUUCGCAGCUCUGAGCAGUGCUGCAAAAUAGUGGUCGCCACUCGCCAAAUGGGGGGCAAGACCCCUCCAUCCAUAAAGUUGCCCCCCCCCAAAAAAACAUUGUUCACACUAACAAAUAAUUUUCAAUAAUAUAAUAAU